GCCGGGCAGAGCGUGCGGCGGAAGCAGCUCGUCGGGGUCGCCGGGAUCGCCGGGCCCGCCAGCCCCGCCCCGCUGCCGGGGCCCGCGGCCAGAGGGCGGGAGCCGGGGGAGGCGCGGUGCACGCCGGGGAGGCGCUCCCAGGCUGCCCCGCGCGGGCGGGCGCGCGGCCGCGGGAAGAUGGCGGCGGGCGCGGGGCGGCGCUGAGGCCGCGGCGCGGCGGGGAUGGAGCCUGCGGGCCCGGGCCCCGAGCGGCUCUUCGACUCGCACCGGUUCCCGACCGACGGGUUCCUGCUGCUGGCCCUGCUGCUGUACGCGCCCGUGGGGCUGUGCCUGCUCGUCCUGCGCCUCUUCAUCGGCGCCCACGUCUUCCUGGUCAGCUGCACCCUGCCCGACAGCGUCCUGCGCCGGUUCGUUGUACGUGUGAUGUGCUCGGUGCUGGGCUUGUUUGUGCGGCAAAGCGACCCCCGGCUUCGCGACUCCAGCGCGCGCGUGUACAUCGCCAACCACGUGACGCAGUUCGACCACAACGUCGUCAGCCUUCUGACCUCGUGUAGCACGCCCGCGCUGAACGCUGCCCCCGGCUUCCUCUGCUGGUCGCGGGGGUUCCUGGAGCUGGGAGCCGGCAGCCGAGCGGAGCUGGUGCAUUCUCUGAAGGCGUACUCGUCCCACGGGGCCAACCCCCCGCUGCUGCUCUUCCCAGAGGAGGCGGCCACCAACGGCCGGGCUGGCCUGCUGCGCUUCAGCUCCUGGCCAUUCUCCCUGGCAGACGUGGUGCAGCCCGUGGCCCUGCAUGUCCAGAGGCCCCUGGUCACUGUGAGCGUCGCUGACUCCUCCUGGAUCACAGAGCUGCUCUGGACCUUCUUUGCUCCCUUCACAGUUUAUCAAGUAAGGUGGCUGCCGUCUGUCCCCAGACGAGCUGAAGAGCCGAGCGAGGAUUUUGCGCUCCGAGUUCAGGAGGCAACGCUGAAAUGCACCACUGAGGCCCUGCAGAAAUCAGUUCCCCGUGCUCUCGCCCUCGCCGUGGCGCCACGCAGGCCUGCACCGCUGACACCCCGAGCGGGGCCACGCGUCCUGCGUGUCCUGUACAUGUGGUUCUUUGCGUUUCUGCAGCUCCUGGCCGUGGAGCUGGGUGUGGUAUCCACACGGCUCACCGCAGCAGACAAAGCUGAGCACAUGAAGAGGCUGAGACACACGUCGCUGCUCCCCUUCGCCCCUGGCUCCAGCCAGCCCCUGGCCGCCCGGCCCCGGGGCCCCUCCGGCCGUGGCACUGCCGAGGACGUGCGGAUCGCGGCGAUGGCACAGCGGGUGAAGGAGGUGCUGCCCCACGUGCCUCUGGAGGUCAUCGAGACAGACCUGGCCCGCACCAGCUGUGUGGACACCACCAUCGCCAACCUGCUGGAGGGCAGCGUGCCAUUCUGCCCUGAGGGCGGCGAGGACAGCGCUGACCUGCCCGCCCCAGCCCCCUCCCCGCCCGCAGCCGCGGCCGGCACCCAGGGCUCCGUGGCAGCACCUGCCAAGCCAGCCCCAAAGCAGUUCGCGAAGUCCCCCGUGGAGCGGCACCUGUCCCUGCAGGAGCGGAAGCGAGCGCUGUAUGACUACGCCAGGAGGGCCCUGCUGGCGCUGGGCUCCCUGGCCUGGGAGGACGCCGGCGCCGGGCAGGAGAGCGAGCAGCCUGGGCAGGGCGAGCUGCCCCCUCCCUGCAGCCAGCUGCAUCCCGGCUGGCCCCACGUGCAGCAGCAGGACGUGCCGGAGGAAGCCGAACGGAGGGAGCAACACCUGCCAGCAUCCCUGACCAGGACCUGUGCCCGCCGCCCACCGCGUUUGUCCCCAAAGGAGUUUGCCUUUGUGUGCUCCCCCCAGCCGGUGCUGUGGAGCCUGCAGGGAGGUGCAGUGGGGAGGAAGAAGAGACUUUUCAGUUCGGAGCUGCUGCUGCUCUUCAUCCCCUCGCUGCUGCUCAGCCACCUGCUGACCCUGGGCCUGGGGAUCUACAUCGGGAAGCGGCUGGCGGCCUCCUCGGCAAACCCGCUGUGAAGAGCUGGGCUCAGCGAGGACGGGCGGCUCCGCUCUGUGUGGAGGGAACCCGGGCACCAGCGCAGCCCAGCUGCUCCCAGACUGCGUUGUGGCACAAGGCGGCAUCUCCCUUGUCCCUUUUUAGUCCUGGUCUAGGGAGGUGACCCCCACGUAGACAGGUCCCGCUGAUGGCGGCUCCCUGCCGCAGGCAGCCCCGCCCUCCCCAGCCCUCGGUUACGGGUCCAGGUUCCUUCUCUUUAGCACAAGACUGUAAAUACGACUCCUGAGCCUGCAACGCCACGUGUGAAUAAAGAGCCUGUGCCAGCUCGGCA